ACAAUGCUAUUGGCUGGCCAGUAGGCUGGCUCAAUCAUCACCCGCGGAAGUUUGUAUUGAGAUAAUCUGAGAGCUGUCAGUUAUUUUUUAAAAAUACAUUUUUUUUCGGUACGAAUUUUGUCGUUUUGCGUGUUGCCUCGAGAACGAAGACGAAAAGACUAAGAGAAAUUACUUUUAAAGGAUGAAUUUAGCAUCGAGUACAUGAAGCCUACACGACGCGCUAGCACCUGACUGCUAAUAGUAUUGUGUAGCUUGUUGUUAUUUUAAUAAUAAAAAAAUUAUCGCUCCUCAAUUUCAUAACCAGCCUAGGAAAGGAUCACAAAACUAUUUAAGCUGCAAUUUAGCAGCUGUCUUGCUUUUAUUAUAAGGUUAGUGUCAGCAUUGUUAUGUAUCGUUUUGAUUAGCAUGCUAAUCUAGUUUGCAGCGCGAGCUAGCAAAUUUAUCAUUCUGGAUUUACAUCAAAUGAACCUCACGCUUCAUACAUCAUAAUUAUAGUGUAAUUUUCUGUCAUCUUCACACGGCAAGGACUGUACCAAAACAGAGGUUCAUCAUGCUGGGAGAUUGUGGCAUGAAAGAGUGGGAGAGACGAGCGCUCAGGAAGAACUCUGUCACAAUUCUGCAGGAUUUAGUGGUGGAUGAUCUGCUGAUCCAGUGUCUGCAACAAGAUGGAAUCCUUACAGAAAACAUGGCUGAAACCAUUAUGGCUAAACCGACAUCCCAGGGAAAGAGUCGUCAUUUGUUGUUUCUUUUGCCUAAACGUGGCCCUCAAGCAUUCAGCAGCUUCUGUGCUGCUCUUACGGCAACAGAGCAACAGCAUCUCUGCAGACUGCUCAUGGACUUUACUGAGAAAGACAAAAGCUUUUCAGAGCCAUCACUGUCCUUUCCAACUCAGGAAUGUGUUAUACCUGCGAAAAGAGCCCGGACUCAUGGGUCCAUGGAGAUGUGUUUGGAUGCCGACUCUCCCGUGACCACAGCUGUUCUUCCCUGCACGCCGGAUUUUUACCAGUCCCAUAGAUCACAGGCUUACCCGAUGCGCUCCUGCCCACGAGGACUGGCCUUGGUACUGAGUAACAUGAGGUUUGACUCGGCUAACAAUGAGUUAGAUGUCCGAAGGGGAGGAGAGGUGGAUGAAGAGACGCUGAGAAGACUUUUCAUGGAACUGGAUUUCACAGUCAGCCUCCACAAAGACCUAACAGCAGAGGCAAUGCGCAGGUGCCUAGAGCAGUUUGCCCAGCGGCGGGAACAUGCACAGUAUGACUGCGCUAUUGUAUGUUUGCUGUCACAUGGAGUUGAGGGAUCUGUCUAUGGCACUGAUGGACAGCUGCUGGAGUUGGACUGGGUGUUUGAGGUAUUUGAUAAUGCCCGCUGCCCUCUGCUCCAGAAUAAGCCAAAGAUGUUCUUCAUUCAGGCUUGUCGUGGAGAGGAGAUGGACAAUGGUGUGGACCAGUUGGAUGGUCAGGAACGGACUCAAUCUCCAGGCUGUGAACAGGGGGAUGCUGGCAGAGAGGGGGAAAGAGAUGACAAACAGAGGGAGGAGAAUGACAGGGAGAGACUGAGAGUCAAACUGCCCCAGAGAUCCGACAUGAUCUGUGGCUUUGCCACCCUCAAAGGUUUCAGCACUGCUGCAAUGAGAAACACCAAGAAAGGGUCCUGGUUCAUUCAGGAACUGAACAGCGCAAUCCGACAGAGAGCCAACAACACACACCUGGCAGACAUUCUUGUGCAGGUAAACAGUCGAAUUAAAAGCAGAGAGGGAUAUGCACCCGGUUCAGCCCAUCAUCGCUGUAAAGAGAUGUCAGAGUUCACCAGUUCCCUCUGUAAAGACCUCUACUUCUUCCCCAAGUACUACCCCAACAACUAGACACACACACACGCACUCUCCAGACAUGAAGCACACACAGAACACACUGCCCUCAGAACUGAUUUUGAUGCAGUUGCUGGAGCUCAGUGCAUGUGUGUACAUCCAUCACCUGCUGUACACUCAGCGCUCAGCACAUAACACACAGAGUCAUGUAAAUCUACUUACACCCAUUCCAUGUGUCGUCUGUUUCACAUUCCUCAGCACAAUGACAGGUUCAUUAGGAUGUGUGUGCAUCAUUUACAAAUGAGUGUUUUUUAUUUCUUUUUUGUCUACGAUGCACUUAGAAAAUGUAUUUUUUUUAUGCCUUGCUCUUUUUUUUUAACCCAUGAAAUUACUAAGAGUAAAGAUGCCAUUUGUGAGAAAUAUGUGGGAAAAAAAAUCCAUUUGUUUUCAUGUUUUAUAGGGGGAGAUUGGGGUUAAAAAUAUUUUUUUUAUUCAAAUAUUAUUCUUUUUUUCAUUCAACAGCUGUAUAAAAUUUUACACAGAAAUACCCUUUUUUUUACUGAAGCCAAUAUUUGAUCAGGCUCUUGUUUUAACAGAUUUAUUUUUAUUGUUUUCAAUUAACUUUGUACAGUUUUUUUCUUUCUCAAGUAACUCAUGUUCUGUAUGUUUUGUAAUUGCAGAGCUUUUUUUAUAGCCAACCUGUAAUCUUGUUGAUACAUUCAGAGCAGCUGCCUGUCACACAUACGGUUGGUUGUAUGGAUAGACAUGCAUAGUAACAUUGUGCCAGUACUAUACCAAACCCCUCCUGCCAUUUCACUCAUUGGAUUCACUCAUACUUUAUCUUUGGUUUCCUCAGUGCAGCUUUUCAUGCAUUCUAUCAACAUCAGUACAACUUUAAAUUAAUGUUUUCUAUAAGUACUGUGGCAUGACAAAUGGUAAUUUUCUUUAGUAACCCUGUGUUCACCAUGGCAGCUUUAUUGGAUUUUAAUAGGGCUUCCUGACUCAAAGUUAAAUAAUUUCUCUAUUUUGGUUGGCAUAUAAAAGUUAUUUAAAAAAAAAUAUAAAUACUCUUGAUCGUCCUGUAAAUAUUCAUGCAAUUCAAAAACUUCCGGAUUUCAGUUUCAUUCCAAAUGGUGUUUUCAAUGCGGAGUAUUGUUAAAAAAAAAAAAAAAAAAAAAAAUAUAUAUAUAUAUAUAUAUAUAUAUAUAUAUAUAUAUAUAUAUAUAUAUAUAUAUAUAUAUAUAUAUAUAUAUAUAUAUAUAUAUAUAUAUAUAUAUACUCGCACACACAUCCUCAUAAUGUUUCAUGAUUAUGCCUGUACAUAUGCAUAUAAUCUUGCACUUUUCUUUUCACUUUAAACAUUCUGUGUGCCAACAAAUGCACAUUAUGGAGACUGAAAGGAUGCUGUCUGGAAGAAAAGCCUGCAGGUGGUGGUAGAGAGCCUUUGUGCUUCUUUAGCUCACCUCGUAUCAUUUAGAGAGCGGUUCCAGGGUUUAGACUCAGUCUUCUUGUUCUGCACACACACCAUUAUUCCUCCUGGGAAUCUAGAGCGUAAAUUUGAUUCCAUCUGUGUCUUUGUCUUCCUGAUUCUGUAGUCAUGACCUUAAGGUUAUCACUCAAUGUGAUUCUUUUAUUUUACUGUAUUUUAUUUGUACUGUUUUAGAAGCCAAUGAUGUAGAUGUACACUGUUCAUGCUGAUAUUGCUUUCAAUCAACCUGCUUAUUAUUUUUUAUUUUACCUAAUAAGCUUCUUUGAACUUGAAUAUAGGGAUAGGUUAAUUUUAAGCGAAUUUAAAAUCCUAAAUAUAAAGUGAGGGGCUGGUGCAGAUAAAUAAUUUAUAAAAGAUUACUUUCAUAAUGGGAAAAAGUGCCAUGUUUAUUUAGAAAAAAAAAGUAUUUAAACAAAUGUCUGGGUAUUUGAUGAAAUAUUAUUGUCAUCAGUCAUAUGAAGUUUUAAAUAAAAAGCAAAACUAAAGUAGGAAACAUAAAAAGGUAUAAAACUAAAAGGUAUACACUAAGAAAAUGUAUUAAAUUCAAACCCAAAGUUUUGCCAAACUGUAUAAGUAUUUCUUUAAUCCUGCACUCAUUCCAUUGAGAGAAUGCCAGCGCAUUUACAGUACGUUCCCCAAAACCAGCCUAGCUUUGCUUUAAACAACUCAGGCUAUUUCUCAGGCUGUGUUAAACUGGUUUUGAAUGUGUGUUCAGAAUUGUAAUAGGGGAAGCGUUGUGAUAUUUAGCCCCUUAGGUUCUAGUUGUGGGAACAAAUGUUUAAAAGUUCCCUUAUGAUGGUAUUGAAACCCACAAUGGACAGAGAUGCAUAUUAUAAAAUCCAGUUUAGUUCCUGCCUGAUGAGUGCCUACCUUGAUAUUACAUGGUUUAUUCACUGCCUUUUUCAUCUGUACUAACCAACUAUGAAAGGUGCUUAAAGAAUCUUUAGGGAAACUGCCAUUUUUGUAUUUUUGUAAUGCAAAAGCUUCCAUGUAAUAAAGAAAUACUGUUCCAAA